AUGGCGCCUAUCAAAGCCAUCGCCGAAUCGAUAUGCGCUUCAGUUGGUUCGGAUUGUACAACAACCACUGUGACAACUCUCGGCGACUACCUGCUACCAAAGCCGAAGAGCGAAAACACGCGCCCUGUUGCCUCGAAGGUUAAGAGAACGGUCGCGCCUUCGAAGCCUUCAAGCAAGGCUGCUCUGGCGACAAAUACGAAAUUAAAGAACAAAAGAACGGUGUCGGUUAAAGAGGAUACAUUAGACCAUGGCGCAGAGACAGGAUUGACGCCGAAAGAACGUUCAAUACUCGCGACUGAGGUUAUAAACGCUACCCUCAAGGUCUUGAACGAUGCGAUCAAAGCACCUUUGCAGACGGCAGUGCGUCGACAGCCAUGCUCAAAGGAAGGCACACAGCGCAAAACCCUAAGACGAUCAAUCUCCAUGCCCCAAUCGCCUUUACAACCACGGUCGCUAAACCGAGUCGCCAGUUCCCCCGGUCUAUCGAAUCGCUCGAGUCGAUCAUCUUCAACGGCUUCUAUCAAAAUUGCCAGUCAUCGUUCCACAGCUGAAUGCGCUCGCGUUGCGUUCGCAUGUCUCAGAUCUUUGCAAGCAGCUGGUAUCCCAGGAGUGGAUUUCCUACAUCUUCAGCUUGAAAAUGGCACUUCUGCUCUGAUCGGGAAACUAAUAGCUCUAGGUUUGGAUGAUUUGGCUCUCAAGGAAAUCCGCAUUUUGAAGCGACGACUGGUUCCAGCAGAUGCGAGCAAAGAGUCAGGGCCGAAAACGACCGGUGCGCCAAUACAGGAAUUGGCGGAACUACUGAACUUCGGGGAUAUUGUGUCUGUUGAUAGACAGACUUUGAAUUUGGUCAUCUCCACCCAAUUACAUAUUGUACGAUUACUGGCCUCGACGAGGAAACAGAAUAUUCGCGACACGCUGGAAGUCUUGAAUCCUCAUCAUCAGUCUUCACCGACUCGCCUUCUACUACUAAUAGCUGAGGAUCCUAAAAGCAGAGACAAGGCCGUGCGACAGUUGCAAGCUCUUUCGGACACGUUACUGUCACUUUGUCCUAGUGUAGCUUCCUCGGACGACGAUUUAGCGCUCGAAACAAGAAUCAGCGUACCUCCCGAUGUUGCCUUUCAGUUGCAAACAAUUGCUCUCCACAACCGACUACAAUGGUGGAAGAUUGCCAAACAUGCAGCCGAUUAUUCAAAAAAUCUGAUCCAACCGUUCCAUCGAUGUCUUUCCACUUUUGCGCGACGAAGUGAGAAUGGUGCUCUAGGAGCAGCUCGCUCGGCCGCCGAAUCCUUUCGCAGCCUGUGCCAAAUUUGGUCACGACAGACUAGCUUCGAAGAACAAGCGACACAUUCAGCGGUUUUCGAAAUACAUAGGUUGCUGAGUUCGUUAUCCCAAGAAGCAGGUGAUGUCGAAGAGGCACUCUUAUGGACUAGGAAGCUCAAAGAGUACACGGGAAAAAUCACCCAGGCCAGAAAAGUAACCAUUGCUACUCGAGUGGUCGCACUCGUGUUAAAGCGCCCCGCCAGAAAUCCUGAGGAUGAGAAAGUGUUGAGUGAGCUUCUAGAGCUUCUAAAUGCGUCCUACACAGGGACUUCUGCCGAUAUCGAUGACCUUAUGACCGAAAUCUCUGCGGCUAGAAGAUCCGCGUUAGCUGUGCUUUCGCGGUCUACUCCAACGUGUAGACCGGAGGACAGGCUUGAAGAACGUAUGCAAAACAUGUGCGAAGCGCUCAUCUUUCUGUGCCCCAGAAUAUGCCUAAGAUAUCUCGGAAAACCUAUUACUGCAGAGUCCCAAACUAAGGAAACCAUAAUUUACGAGCAAAAGCGAUUAUACAUUGCAAAGUCAGCAUAUCACACAAUUGAUUCGACUCUUUUUCUCGCCAAAACUCUUUUGGGUGGCAAUCGACUAAGCUGGGACAUUUUAGACUCUAGACUUCAGGAGUGUUUAUCAUUGCUCGAUAGGCUUGAUCCAGACAACAUCUUAUCCAAGGCAGAAUCUGUUGCACCUCAUUCUUAUUACGUCAAAAUUUCCAACCUGUACUACACACAUUUCCUUAAUGAGCGUCGAAAGCCAGACGGGCAAAAAGAAGCGCAGCAACUAAAUAUUCUCCGAAGAUCUGUAGACUGUGUCCAAGCGAGAUCGCCUGUUGAGAAAAGGGCAGCUCUCUACUCCAUGAAAUUGGAGAGGAUGGCUGAUAUCUACAAAACAGCUGGAAAAUUCGAGGAGCUAUUCGAUGUUGUCAAGAAGAUGCAAGAUGUGCAGAUGGCUGACGGUGUCCUCUCAAAUAUAGCUUCGGCGAUGAAGACUAUUCCUGUAUGUCCAGCCUGGGAAACAGACGAGCAGACAACGUUGUUGGGGCGAACAGUUCACACCCUGCUGAAAGUUCAGUUGAAAUAUCUUCGACAAACAACCAAUGAAGUGAAUUUAGAUGAAUCUCUAUCCGCAGAAGAGCAAGGUGCACUUCUCGAGUAUCAACUGGUGCAUUUGCGCACUCAAACUAAAGAUUUGUCGGUCGUAUCAAGGUUCCAGUCGAUGGUUUUUAAAUCACUACUUGCUUUAUAUGUAACGGAGCAGUUUCCAGUUCGUCGACUUCGUGUGCUUGUAGAACUGUUAAGCCUCGACACCGAACUUCAAGAGAAAAUUUCCAAAAGCAUUAGCGAUGAGCUCCAGUAUGCUAUUGCUGAGACUGUUAAAAUUGAACAAAGCAAAGAUCAAGGAUUACAACCAUAUUGGCAACAUUUGCAAACUUUAGCGCUCUCAGUUCUAGAAUUGCAGCAGCAACAACCAAACGUGACACUACUGAAGCGAUAUGUGGCUACGUGGUCCUCUAUUCAGAAAGAGUGCCAAAGUGCUGAAGCAUUACGACAACGAGUCGAUGAUGUUCACGGUUUGUUGGACCAGCUGAAAAAUAUGAGCAUUUACUGUCAAGUCAGAGGGCAUGACGAAUUUAGGGUAACAAUUCUAAGCCUUGUGUCUGACCUACAUUCAAAAAUUGAAACUACAUCUUCAAGUGCUGACGAUGCGGUAUCUAAUUUGAUUGACCUGGGCGCUCAGUGGCUUCAACUUGGUUACUCAGGUAAAGCUGGCUUUGCACUUGAUAAAGCACAUAGAAAGUGCGACCAAAGUGGCAUUUCUACGAAGAUUAUGCUCAAAUUGCAUGUCAAUUACUCUGAUUAUUUACAAACGAUUGGCAACUUUGAUAAAAGUGAGGAAUAUCUUCGCCGGGCCAAAGAAUUCUAUAUAACCGAUGAUGCUGUUCCAAGCCAGCGAGGAAAGUCCAAACCAACACAACUACUGUCAGAGGCGUAUCUAGUGCAGUCCAAAAUCGCUCUUUCUCGUGGCGCUGCUCAUAUCGCCCUUGCUCAGGCAAAGAAAUCGGUGAGGCUGCUACGUCGCGCCUGGGCCAGAGUAGAAGAACAGCGGCGGCGGAAGAAGUCUUCUCAGAACUUCCCCUCUUCGGACUCAGGUUUAGGUGCUUUAGCUGACGGAGUAUCAAACUUAAGUAUCUCUACAGCUUCCACAUCCGAAGAACUCGAAUUGCCCUCAUCAAACAUUCAGUCAUGUCUCUGGGUAUUUAUAGACCCACUCUUCCGUGGACUUGAGCACCUUUCGGGCGUUUACGCCUAUCAUGGGAUGUUCCAAGAGACCAUCUAUUACGCGGAGCAAGGCUACAAGCUUGCUAAGGACAUGAACUCUGAUUCUCAUCAAGCCAUGGCCGCAGCAAUUAUCGGCGUUGCAAUGAUGAAGGCAGGUUCGCUAGAAAGGGGCUCCGAAUUGUUAAUGGAGUCAAAGAAAUUUUCAUCCGCAGUUCAAGGCAAUCGGAACGCUGCAACCUUAGCAUAUUAUACAGGGAGGAUGCAUGGAAUUCUAGGAGACCAAACGUCUGAACUUUCUUCGUAUGAACUCGCAGAAAGUAUUUUAGACACGAUUCUUCACAGCAAAUCAGACGAGCAAGGUGUUACUGAUCAUUCGGCCCAAGCAAUCGAGGCUUCGAUGGCCAUGGUCAGCAUCUCCAAAUCUAAGCCAACCACCAAACGUAAGCCAGUUUCACGCGCAAAAGUUCCCCCGAAAACAAAAAAGCCACUCCCUCGGACGAAGACCCCGAUAUCAGAUGCGCCCGCGUCAAUUGUAGAGGAGUGUACACAUAUCGUGUCCUUCCAAGCCGUCAUCCUACGUUCAAAAUCACAAGUACUGAAUUCUAUGAAGCGUUUUGGAGAAGUGCAGACAUUGUUAGACCGAGCAGCAGGUUCCGUUCUGACCCAGACUGAGGCUGUAGAUCAAAAAUUAGCGAUGGCGAAGCAACUGCUUUCCCAGAGUCUAGAGUUUAUGAUUGCUGAUCCCGUUUAUUCCAUCUUACAGGACUCUACAAUAUCAUUUCCAUCCGUGUCUAACAAUUCAAAGGCGGAUGUUUCAGGUGAUCAGGUUGCUACCACCAAGACAACACCCCCGAAAAGGGGGACAGCUGCAAAAAGUGGUCGCGGUCUGGCUCGUGUCAGACCUUCUUCUGAUGAUUGUUUUGAAAAGCUCCGUCAGGCACAAGAAUAUUUACUCGAAGCGCACUCUAUCGCGGUCACUGCAGCUCCUUUGGUGAUGAUUCAUACAAUUUCAGCUAUGCUGAAUACUGUGUCGAUUUUGUUGUCGGCUUCAGGGCACACGAAAGGUCUCUCGAUGCUGAGCCCCGGGUUUGCAAGCUGUACUAUUGAAACUGCGCGAACAACUUCGAUUCGCCGCGAGCGUAAAGCUAUACUCGCAGAUCCAUCAUCGAACACAAAGAUGGAUGAGUUAAUUUGGCCCACAGCAACACCAGGAGAGUCGAGGAGGGUUAGCUUAGCUGCACCUCAGGAUUUUUCAAGGUUUCAAAAAGACUAUAUUGACAUUAUUCCCCAAGCUUGGACAGCUAUAUCCAUCGCUUUGAGUGACAGUCAUAAUGAGCUUGUAAUCACACGACUCCAAGCUGGUCAAUCACCAUUUGUCCUCCGCCUACCGCUAGGCCGACACAACUCAAUGGACGCAGAUGAAGAUGUUUUUGGAUUUGAACAGGGACGGUGCGAAUUACAAGAGAUUAUCGACCUGGCAAAUGAGAGCGCACAUAGUGCGCGUGAUAUGAGUAGUAAAGAGGCCAGAAUUCAAUGGUGGGAAGAACGUGACGAGUUGGAUUCUCGUAUGAAGGAGCUCCUAGAGAACAUUGAGAAGGUUUGGCUUGGUGGUUUUACCGGCAUUUUCUCGCAGCAAUCGAGACAUCCAGAUUUACUUGCAAGGUUCCAGAAAUCAUUCCAAAACAUCUUGGACAAGCACCUUCCUUCACGCCAAAAGACAGGAAAGCGUGGUACACCAGCACCAAAAGUAGCCCUGGACUCUCGAAUCCUUGAACUAUUUAUCGGUCUGGGCGACGCGUCAGACGAAGAUUGCGAUUUUUCAGAACCGCUCACAGACUUGCUCUACUUCGUCGUUGAUAUUCUGCAGUUCCACGGCGAGCUCAACGCUUACGCAGAAAUCGAUUUCGACUCGAUCACGAUAGAAACUCACGACGCACUAAGAUGCUAUCACGAUUCCUUGCAUGGCUCCGGCCAUGUUGAUAUUGGAAAACACACUAUUUUAAUUUUGGACAAAGCACUUCAUGCUUUCCCCUGGGAGUCACUUCCGUGCCUGAACGGUCAAGCUGUAUCUCGGCUACCCUCACUCGGCUGCUUGCGGGACCGAAUACUUCUUCAACGGGGGCAAGCUUCAGAUGGCUGUCCUGAUGGUCACUAUGUUGAUCGACAAAACGGAUCAUACAUCCUCAAUCCAGCCGGAGAUCUCAAAAACACCCAAGCUACAUUUGAAAAAAGUCUACAGGAUUUGGAUAACUGGGAUGGUAUCGUCAAGCGCGAGCCAAAGGAAGAAGAGAUCAAAGAGAACCUGGUCUCAAAAGACUUGUUCCUUUAUUUUGGUCACGGCAGUGGAGCACAAUACAUCCGAGCUCGGGAGAUUCGAAGGCUUGAGAAAUGUUCGGUCACAUUUCUCAUGGGGUGCAGUAGUGGUACCUUGGUUGAUGCUGCUGAGUUUGAGGCAUAUGGGCCAGCAAUCAAUUAUAUGCACGCCGGUUGUCCUGCUCUAGUAGCGACUCUGUGGGAUGUUACCGACAAAGAUAUCGAUCGAUUUGCAAAAUCAACCUUCGAAUCAUGGGGUCUGUUCCAAGCUGAGUGCAGCAUUGAAAAGAGGGGGAAAGGCAAGAAGAAAGCGCAGCACCCGAGCACGGAAAAGGUAUCGCUCGUAGAGGCCGUUGCCAAGGGGAGAGAGGCUUGUAAUUUGCGGUACUUGAAUGCCGCGGCUGUUUGUGUAUAUGGAGUCCCGGUAUACCUAAAAUGA